GACUUGGGCACCAGCUGGAGCAGAGUGGGUGCCCUAUGGCAGGUGCCGGUGUUUUGCAGCAGCGGCUUGUGGGGUUGGAGGAGAGAGUACGCCAUUUGCGCAACGAGGGGGACCCUGAUGACCCGUUCUUGACGCAAGCUUCUGCUACUCUGGAAAACUUGAAGCAGCUCUCUGAAGAUGGUGGAGAGGACAGCACCUUUUCCAACCUCGUGCAGCUUUAUGCUCAGGCAGUUCUGGACAUCACCUACUUCGAGGAAAACCAGCUGGUCGAUGAAGAUUUUCUAGAAGGCUCAUCUUUACAGAAGGUUGAACAACUGAUCCAUGUGCUUUCGGAGCCAGAAACCUUGAUCAAAGAAAGUGGCGAGAAUGAACCGCUUGCUGUGCUUGGUGUAGAAUUACUGGAAUGCCUGUACUGGAGAAGAGGAGCCUUGCUCUACAUGUUUUGUCACACAGUUAAAGGAAGGAAAGAAUGGUUAAUGGACAAGAUGGAGACCUUUAAGAAGUUCCUCCGUGAAGGAGCUAAUUACUUGGUGAAGAUGCUUGGCUUUAGAUGUUCUGUUAACCCCAAUGAGGAAUUUGCAUAUCAGGAUGCAGACACGGGUAGACUGCUCCAUGAAGGCAUUUUUAGUGACACCCAUCUGCUGGCUAUGAUGUACAGCGGAGAAAUGUGUUAUUGGGGACUGAGUUACUUUGGAAAAGGAAAACCACAACUGCAAAGCACAGAUUCUGGAUCUGACAGCGAACAACACUGUAGUGCACACGCUGAAGCUCUGGACUUUCGGGAUACAGGAGAGAAAAUGUUGCAAAAAUAUGUUGCUGUGUGUGAAGGACCUUUAAGAGCACACGAGUGGAAUACCACAAAUGCAAGGCUUAUUUUGGACUACUUUAAACAGCUGUCAACCUAAUUUACUCAUGCAGGUGUCUGUCUGCUCCGAAGAAGAAACAUUAAACUG